GGCUGACCUUUUUGAGGCACCAGACAUGGCGGACGCCGCCGCGGAGAAGCCGGCGGAGAAGCCGGCGGAGAAGCCGGUGGAGGAGCCGGCGGAGAAGCCGGUGGAGGAGAAGAAGGAGGAGGUGAAGGAGCCUGCGGCCAAGUCGGACGCCAAGCCGGGCGACAAGCGCAAGGCGCCGGCGGGGGAGGCGGAGGCGAAGCGGCUGAAGCCCACGCCGCCGGAGCCGGGCAUGGUGCGGAAGCAGGUGGAGUACUACUUGAGCGAUGAGAAUCUCAAGUACGACAAGUUCUUCCACGAAAAGAUCUCUGAGAACAAGGAGGGCUGGCUGGACAUGACGCUGAUCCUGAGCUGCAACAAGAUGAAGUCCAUGCGCGCCACCAAGGAGGAUGUCGUGGCCUCGCUGAAGGAGUCCAAGAUCGAGAUCAAGGAUGGCAAUGCGGUGCGCCGCCCGGGCAACGCGGCACUGCCCAAGCUGGAAGCCAGGCCUAGCCACGUCAAGAAGAACUCCAUCCACGCUCAUGAUGGUGGGGUGGUGGCCAUGUUUAAGGGCGUGCCCGAAGAGCAGCAGUGGUCGCAGGUGAAAGCCGCAGUCCAGGAGAAGCUGCCUCCGAAGGUGAGCCUCUGGCAUGUCAGCCAGGUGAACGACAAGAACGAGUGCACCCUGGCCUGCGCGCCCUUCGACGGGGACCUUGCCUUCUUCGAGGAGCUCAGCAUCGAGUUGGGCGGCGCCAAGAUGACGUGCGAGGUCUGCUUCGGUGAGCCUCUGCAGAAGGCGCUCAAGGACAUGCCGAAGCACAUCCGCGACAAGCGGGAGAGGGAGUCGCGGAAGCGCCAGAAAGAGAGGAAUCGUCCCAUCAAGCUGGGCUCCUGCCACUUCAACAACGUCUCCAUGCUCCGGGGCAGGGUGAAGGAGAUCCUGAACUCGCGGAGCGACGGGGAGCAGCUGAAGCCUGACGGCAGCGACUUCAAGCUCAUCAAGAGCCUUUUGGAGUUCCACCCCUCCACAGGCAAGAGCAAGGGCCUGGUGGGCAUCAAAGUGGCCCGCAGCCAGCAGGGUGACAGCCGUUGCUUUUACAUGAUCAAGGAGGACGGCGCCGAGGAGGACUUCAGCGCCAAGAAGUGCCUGGACGCGGUGGAGCUGAACCCCCCCUAUGUGCAGCCCGAGGAGAAGACAGGUGACAAGAAGCCGGCGGCGAAGGCUGCAGGACAAGUGAUGCGCACUGAUUCGCCAGGAAGCUUGUGAGCUUGCGCCGGCACAGUCACUACGCAAUGUUCCCUUUCAAAGAAGUUUGUUGAUGGGCUAGUGGCUAGGAGGGUGCCUUUCAAUGAUCU